UGGCUAGCAAACAUUUACCUGCCUCUGUACCCUGCUGAGGUAUAGCACAGAGGGAGAGAACUAAACCAGUCACAAAUUGCAAGAAAAGUAUCUGGGAAAGAGGUUUACGGACUAACACAGAAGUCUCCAAAGGGAAAUUUUUGCAGGAGGACAGAGAUUCAGAGUCCACAUUUUCUCUUUUCUGUGGCAAACACUUUGUUGAACAGAGAUGGACUGGAGCAGCAGCACUUCCGUUGGUUUAGUGUUCAUCCUGGUUUUUCUAUACAUUUUGAAAAUAGCAGGUUUCUGGGACAACAACCGGAGAAAGAAUUUUCCUCCAGGACCAAGAGCAUUACCUAUAAUUGGAAACCUUCAUUUAUUUGAUUUGAAGAGACCCUACAGGACUUAUAUACAGCUGUCAAAGGAAUAUGGCCCAGUCUUCAGUGUUCAGAUGGGGCACAGGAAAGUAGUUGUGAUUUCUGGGUAUGAGACAGUGAAGGAAGCUCUUGUAAACCAGGCAGAUGCAUUUGCAGAGAGACCUAAAAUCCCAGUCUUUGAAGAUUUGACCAAAGGAAAUGGGGUUGUUUUUGCCCAUGGUGAAAACUGGAAGGUGAUGCGAAGAUUUACUCUCACAACCUUACGAGACUUUGGGAUGGGGAAAAGGGCCAUUGAGGAUCGAAUUGUGGAGGAAUACGGGUACCUGGGAGACACCAUCGCCUCACAACAAGGAAAGCCCUUUGACGCCAGUAAAAUAAUUAAUGCAGCAGUUGCCAACAUAAUUGUGUCAAUAUUACUUGGAAAACGAUUUGACUACAAAGACUCCAGAUUUGUGAGACUUCUAAAUCUGACCAAUGAAAGCGUGAGGCUUGCUGGGAAACCUUUGGUCACGAUGUACAACAUCUUCCCAUACCUUGGAUUCCUGCUAAGGGCUAACAAGACUCUUCUCCAAAACAGGGAUGAAUUCCAUGAUUAUGUAAAAGUUACUUUUCUAGAACAUCUCAAAAACCUGGACAAAAAUGACCAAAGAAGCCUUAUCGAUGCUUUCCUGGUUAAGCAGCAGGAGGAGAAAUCCACUACCAAUGGUUACUUCCACAAUGGCAACUUGCUAAGCUUGAUGAGCAAUUUGUUUACUGCUGGUGUUGAGACAAUUUCCACCACACUAUAUUGGGGCUUUCUGCUGAUGCUAAAAUACCCUGAAAUUCAGAGAAAGGUCCAAGAAGAGAUAGAUCAAGUGAUAGGGUCAAACCCCCCACGGAUCGAGCACCGAACUCAGAUGCCAUACACAGAUGCUGUCGUCCAUGAAAUCCAGAGGUUUGCCAAUAUCCUGCCAUUGGAUCUGCCUCAUGAGACUGCUGCAGAUGUCACCCUCAAAGGCUAUUUCAUUCCCAAGGGAACCUACAUCAUCCCCUUGCUGACCUCAGUCCUGCGCGACGAGUCGCAGUGGGAGAAACCAGACAUGUUCUACCCUGAGCACUUUCUCGAUGCCAAUGGGAAAUUUGUGAAGAAAGAUGCUUUCAUGCCCUUUUCAGCAGGGAGGAGGAUCUGUGCUGGGGAGACUUUGGCCAAAAUGGAGCUCUUCCUCUUCUUCACCAGCCUUCUGCAGAGGUUCAACUUCCUGCCUCCACCUGGAGUUUCCACCUCAGACCUGGACCUCAGCCCUGCUAUUUCAUUUAAUAUCAUCCCCAAACCCUAUAAAAUGUGUGCUGUGACACGUUCCUAGAGCUCUAAGCAGCAUUUAUUUGUUUCAAAAAUGUUCAAAUUACUUUUCCAUGACAUCUGCCUUCCUAAUCCUUUGACCAAAAUAAUUCACAACUUAAUAAAGGUUUUCAGUACUUCUAAAC